GAGUGCUUGGGCGGUCCUGCCCCAGUGCUAGUGCAGAGCGGGCAGAGCAGCGCAGGCACAGGGGAGGUGGGAACAUCGCCAGCCCGGGACUCCCAGGGCACCAGGUCACCCACAGCCUCCCCGUGUCCCAAACAGGAGGAUAUUUGCCAGGUUUCUGCAGGCUCAAGACCACAUCAGAGCUCGAUGAACAUGGAUUUAGCCUCCGAGCGGCUGAAUGGCGGAGGUCCCAGCACAAGACAAAAAGCCCCCACGAGGCGAGAAUCCUUCAAGCGGAUCGGCAUCCCCGUCCUGGCAGCGGUCCUCAGCCUCACCUGCCUGGUUUCAAUAGGGUUCCUGGUCAAGGUGUACCUGGAGUACCACUACUUCUUCUGCAAACAGCCCCUGAAACUGGUGCCACUGCAGCAGGUGUGCGAUGGGAACGUGGACUGUCUGCAGGGCGAGGACGAGGCCAACUGUCCCCAGUGGGUCCGUGAAGGGCCACCAGCUGGGGCCCGUGUUUCCAAAGACAGAUCCAUCCUGCAGGUGCUUAACAGAAACACCGGAGUCUGGUUCUGCGUCUGCCAUGACCACUUCAACCAGGCACUGGCGAAAGCAGCCUGCGAGGAAAUGGGCUACAGGAGCACUCCCACGUUCCGGGAGGUGGAGGUGGGCGCAGGGCAGCCCCUGCCUCCCCGCGAGGUCGUGCUGAGCAACGGCAGCCUCCAGGUGCCCGAGCCGGGCAGGAAAUGCCUCUCUGGACGGGUUGUUUCGCUCUUUUGCUCCAAGGACUGCGGGGAGAGCGUCCGGGCCCCGCGCGUGCUGGGCGGGAGCCCGGCCGCCAUCGAGGCUUGGCCGUGGCAGGUCAGCCUGCAGUACAGGAAGGAGCACAUCUGCGGGGGCAGCAUCAUCGGCCCCAGCUGGGUCCUCACGGCAGCACACUGCUUCAAGAACAGCCCCAUCAUUCAGAGCUGGAGGGUGAAGGCCGGCUCUGACCUCCUCUCGGGCACCACCACCCUCGCUGUGGAGAAGGUCUUCCUGGCUGAGGCGACAUCCACUUCGGCCAAGGUCAAUGACAUCGCCCUGGUGAAGCUGCGGUCUCCCGUGCAUGUCACAGACAGAAGCAAGCCCAUCUGUCUUCCCUAUUUUGAUGAGGAGCUGGUACCUGGCACAUCCCUGUGGGUGACAGGCUGGGGCUACACGCAGGAGCACGGGAAACUGUCGGAGAUCCUGCAGCAGGCGGAGGUGAAGCUCAUAGACAGGGAGAGCUGCAACCUGUCCGCCUACCACGGGGAAGUCACCGAGAAGAUGCUGUGUGCCGGCCUGCCCCAAGGCGGGGUGGACACCUGCCAGGGGGACAGCGGCGGGCCCCUGCUCUACUCGGGCGGGCACUGGCAGGUGGUGGGCAUCGUCAGCUGGGGCCAGGGCUGUGGGGACCCCAGCACGCCCGGCGUCUACACCAGCGUCCGUGCCUACCUCAACUGGAUCUACGCCGUCCGGAGGGUCAGUGCCGUCCUGCUGACACCGCUGCAGCAACACGCAGUCGGAGCUCUGAGACCUGUUGGGACAGGUCCAUCUCCCCGAGCCUCCCUCCCGUCCCUAUGCGCUUGGCUGUCCCGGCUCUGGCAGCAGCUGGGAAACGGAUCUCAAGCCAUGGAAGGCGAGCGGUGCCUCCCGAACCGUGGCUGGCAGGCUGUGAUUUAGUGUGCCAGAGAACAGCCAAGGAGGCAAAGUGCAGCUCGGAGCGACGGCCACCGAUAGUGUGAAGGAAUCUGACCAGCUCAAGCUCCCUUCCGGAGAGAGAUUAAUUUAUUGCCCUGUGCCGACCCUGCUGCGGCAGGAAGGCUCCUGUGGGGCUAAGCUGCUUUUUACUCACUACUGUUAUACAGAGAGAAACUAUGUUUGUGCUGUAGAGUAUCCCCAUUAAAAGAAAGUAUAUGUAUA